AUGCAGUCGCCAGGCCGACUACCACGGCUGAAGAUCCCAAUGUCGCCCAUUGAGCACUCAUCUUUCCCUUCCCGCACUCUGACCUCACGUCCUGUAAGAAAAGCUUUAUGGGGUCUCGUCGCCUUAUCUGUGCUAUGGCUUCUACUCAGCAGGACGUGGGGAAAUGUCGCGAGUGUGUCUUACGAGACAUAUAACAAGCUUCCCUCCUUGAGGAAGGGAAAUGCUGGCAGCAGCGCCGGCUACUCGCAACAAUGGGUUGGUGGCGGUGCCGCGCUGCCGGCUACUGAAGAGGGCGUGGACAAUGGCGAGAUCCCAGUGAUACCCGAAGCUCCAGAGACGGCGCCGGAAGCGGCUGCCGGUGUUUUGGUGGCGCCGCCAGAAAAAGAGAGCAAAUCGACUUCGGGAGGCAGGACAUUGAUCACCCCGGUUCCUGAUGUCAUUCGCAUUUCCUUUGAAGAGGCGGUUCGUGACGUUGAGCUUGAUGGCUGGGAGGAUGAUUGGUUCUCAUCGGCCACAUUCGACGCCGAGAAGGAGGGCCCGCUUGCCGAGCCCAAGAUUGAUUUCGUGUACAACUGGGUCAAUGGCUCGGAGGAGUCCUUCAAUAAGAUCAGACACAGCUUUGAGCUCCAAUCGCCACUGAAUGAUCCCUCUGGCAAGUGGAUUGCGCAACACAGCAUCAACCGUUACCGUGAUUGGGACGAACUGAGAUAUUCCAUGCGGAGUGUCAACAAGUACGCCAAGACGUUUCUCAACAAGAUCCAGAUCCUCGUCAACUCGGUAAAUGCCAAGGCUUCGUACAACAAGGACGGCCAUGGCAUGAUUCCUCAGCGACCGACAUGGCUGAAGGACGAUGCUUCUACCAAUGACUUUGUUGAAGUCCUCGGCCAGGAACAGUUUUUUUCUGAGCAAAGCCGGCAUUGUUUGCCCACCUUCAACUCUCUGUCUAUUGAGGCCCAGCUUCACGAGACUCAAUCGACUACUGAUCGUCUUGUCGCUCUUUCAGAUGACAUGUUCUUGGGCAUGCAGCAUGCUGCGUCGGAUUUCUACUCCCCGCUCUUUGGCUCGGUCAUGGGUUUCAAGACUGACAGCUAUAAUGUCAAUGCGAAGAAGCUCGGCAGUGGCUCGGGUCCGACCUUUGGCGAGAAGCCUUUUGCUCACUACACAUCGUACCUUUUGAACCGCCGCUUUGGUGAGCGACCAAGAAGAGUGCAAGCUCACUUUGGUCACUCAGUCUCACGCUCCGUCAUGAAGGAGACCAUGGCGUCGUUCCCUGAACCCGCGAAGAACGGAGCCUGCGAAAGAUUCCGUGGCGAGUCGCGUUUCCAAAUCUACCCAUGGUACGCCAACUUUCACUACACCAUUGAGCGCUUCCGCGAAGCUCUAUUGUGGUCAUACAUCAUGUCGAGAUCCGACACAAACUCGGACGGCUACCUCGACUGGUCGGAGCGUGAGAACAUUCUCAAGGCCAUUGAGCCCGGCUGGCGCCAAUUGUCAGUAAAGCAGGAUGGUCGACCCGCGCCGCAGUCGGCAGAUCGCGAGCGCAUGUACUACCACCUUCCCAACAUCCUCCAAAAGGCCGGCCUGCAACCUCCCAAGGUCAAUGUUCACAUUCUGUGGACAUCGCUUGACGGCCCCGAGACUAUCCGUGCCAUCAAGUGCGCCGACUUUAGUGUCGAUGAGUGCUUUGCCGAUUCGUUUGGAUCUCCCGCUUCGGACACGGUGACACCCAACCCCGACUUUACCACAACCAACAUCUUUUCGCGCCUCUCAAAGCAGCGCCCCGAAUGUGGCGACUGCAUGAUGAAGUUCUUGCUGGCAUCGACGGCCCGCGGCCUUGAGCCCCUGCUGCCUCCCAAGUCCAGCAAGAAGCACCACCGUGAAAUCAUCAUCAAGGCGCUGAAGAAGUACCAGCACACAAUUAUUGACAUUGACGCCAUGAAGUUUGUCAUGAUCAAGGACGCCGAGCAGGCGCAGAUGGAGCUGCUCGAGAGAACGAUUAAACAGGGGGAGAUCUUUGGCCAAUGGUGCCUCAACGACGACGUCAUGACGGAAAGUCCCGAGCAGGUGACGCGGGUGAAGAAUGUGAUGAAGACCAUUUUCGAAACGCUGUGGCCCAAAAAGGGUCAAUGGGAAAGGGACGAUCUAUGA